AUGAUUGGAUGGUGGUUUCACCCAAACAUCACCGGACUGGAGGCUGAGCAGCUUCUGUUGACUCGGGGCGUCCACGGCAGUUUCCUGGCCCGGCCGAGUAAGAGCAACCCAGGAGACUUCACCCUCUCUGUCAGGCGGGACGAUGAGGUGACCCACAUCAAGAUCCAGAACUCAGGGGACUACUACGACCUGUACGGAGGCGAGAAGUUUGCCACGCUGGCCGAACUCGUGCAGUAUUACACCGAGCAACAAGAUCUGCUCCGGGAGAGGAACGGACAUGUCAUCGAGCUGAAGUACCCACUCAACUGUAAAGACCCCACUUCAGAGAGGUGGUAUCAUGGGCAUCUGUCGGGCCGAGACGCAGAGAAACUCCUCAUGGAAAAAGGCAAAGCUGGAAGUUUUCUGGUACGCGAGAGCCAGAGUAAACCAGGAGACUUUGUGCUGUCUGUGCUCACCAAUGAAGAAAAGCACGACAACGAUCGCAAGACCAAAGUUACACAUGUGAUGAUACGCUACCAGGACGUUAAGUAUGACGUGGGCGGCGGAGAGCGCUUCGACACGCUGGCGGACCUGGUGGAUCACUACAGGAAGAACCCCAUGGUGGAGAAGAGCGGCAUUGUGGUCCACUUAAAGCAGCCGUUUAACGCGACCAGAAUUAACGCAGCCAGCAUAGAGAAUCGAGUGCGAGAACUUAACAAGGUGGCUGACAACUCGGAGAAGCCCAAGCAAGGAUUCUGGGAGGAAUUUGAGGUACUACAGCAGCAGGAGUGUAAACUUCUGUAUCCCCGGAAAGAAGGCCAGAAGGCAGAGAACAAGAGUAAAAACCGCUACAAGAAUAUCCUACCCUUUGAUACGACACGUGUUGAAAUCAGAGAAAGCGAUGCAAAUGUUCUCGGGUCUGACUACAUUAAUGCCAACUACAUCCAAAGUUUCCAUGAAGAGGGAGAUCCAUCUAAAGUCUUCAUUGCGACACAGGGCUGUCUGCAGGCCACCGUCGUGGACUUCUGGAAAAUGGUCUAUCAGGAAAACACACGGGUCAUCGUCAUGACGACCAAAGAGAUGGAGAGAGGGCGGAACAAGUGUGUGCGAUACUGGCCCGACCUCCAGGCCACUAAAGAUUACGGCAGAAUCCUGGUGAAGAAUGUGGACGAGAGGCCGGCGCAGGACUACAUUCUGAGGAAGCUGGAGGUGACCCGCGUGGACAGGAAGGAGCCGGUGCGGUACAUUUGGCACUACCAGUACCUGACGUGGCCGGAUCACGGGGUUCCGAACGAGCCAGGAGGGGUGCUGUGGUUCCUGGAGGAGGUCAACCGCACACAGAGCACUUUGCCCACUGCAGGACCCAUUGUGGUGCACUGCAGUGCGGGCAUUGGGCGGACAGGAACCAUUAUCGUCAUCGACAUUCUCAUUGACAUCAUUAACCGCCAAGGGCUGGACUGUGACAUCGACGUUCCAAAGACGAUCCAGUGGGUGCGGCAGCAGAGGUCUGGCAUGGUGCAAACCGAGGCCCAGUACAAGUUUAUCUACAUGGCCGUGCAGCAGUACAUCGACACAGCACAGAAGAGGCUGGAGGAGGAGCAGAGGAAUAAGAUGAAGGAGAGGGAGUACUCCAACAUCCAGUAUGGUCACAUGACAAACUCCAGGUCCAAGAGCAACAUGGCCUCCUCUCGAUCAUCAUCUGUAUUGACAAAUGAUGACGCGUCCAGUGUUUAUGAGAACAUCAACUUCAAAACUCCUCAGGCGUCGUUCAGCAGUAACACCCGGAGAGCUGUUGCUGUGUGGUUCUGUUAUUGGAGCCCGUGUCGGCCCUCCCGGUCUGGUCCGGGAGAUGCAGGAAUUGCCCCCACUCUUGCCGCUGCUGCUGAUCUGCGGUGGACCGUGGACCGGGCCACCCAGCUCCUCCUCUGGCCUCUCUUCUGUCCCAAGAAGUGCCUUUUCCCAGAGCGUUCACUGUGA